AUGUUCAAGGUUACCCUCUUCCUGUUUCUGUUUUUUGGAGAUGUUGUCGCCGUGCAGAGGUUUCCAAUGGGUAUGUUAUCAUGGUUAUCACUCAAAUAAUUGUAAAAUUAAAAAAAAGACCAAAAGAUUUUAAAGUGAUUUUGUAAACCUUUAGACAAUAGGGCACAAAAUUAAUUGGACAACCUAAUAUUUUGUAGAAGCACCAUCAAUACCGCCAAAGUUUUAUGCAGUAAACAGUAAAAACGAUGAUUACGACGACUACCAUCACACCUUGGAAAUGUGGACUAAAAAUGUGGUGCGACAGCAGAAUGAGGUACAGUAAUGUCUUGUCUUAACCAAUAGUUUGAUAAUUUAUCAGUACUUAUGUUUAUAUUUUUUAUUUUUUGUAGGAAAACCAGCGUUUUCAAGAAGCGAUGCAGCUCCAGCGACAACCUUUCAGUGACAAUCUUUUCAAUCCUCUCAACGGUCGAUUCAACCGAAAUCCUGUUUUGGAUUGGCGAAAUGGUAACAUUUAUUUUAAUAUUAUGCUCUUGUCUUUUAAAUUUAAAAAUAAUUUUUAGAGCCGAGAAAGGUACCUUUAUUGAACCCUUAUCAAAACAAUAGGCCUAUGGAUAUUGAUUGUAAGUUUUUAUGAUACAGUAGAACUCCUGUACAGUGUAAUGUGUGCUGAUAUUUAAGUUUAGUUCAACAACUGAACGCCCCAGUUCCAUUACCUUCGUUACCGUCAUUGGAUCAAAACGUACCGUUACGAAGGCCAAUGACAAAAGAUGGUAAAGCAGUUACUAUGGAUCAAAGUAAGUAUUGUUAAUUGCAUUGACAUAAUCCUAUACGGUAAAUAAUGUAUAUAUUAGGUUGUUUAAAUAAUUCUGUGCUCUGUAAUCUUGAAAAUUUUCUUUGAAAGGGGCACAUAAUUAUUUGAACAACCUAAUAGUAACAUAAUGACUCGGCAAACCUUUAAAUUUCUAAAAGCCUUUGGUCAAGUUACUGUACUGUUUAGUACUGGUACGUUUCUUACAAUAUUAUUACAAAAUUUUGAAGACAUAUUGACUAUACGACCUGAAGAUCAUAAAGUUUGUUUUUAUUACGAGUUUUAUUGACAUUAAUUAAAGAAACUGUUGGUUUUUGAUGUCUAAUUUUACUAUGACAUUGCUGAUUAUGACUAUUUUUAAAACAACAUAUCAGUUACUAUUCAUAUAUAGUUGAUAUAGUAAAUAAACAAAAUCAAAUCACCAUAAACCUCCCAUAUUUGCUUUAUACACAGAUUCAUAAAUAUUACUAUACUUAAUAUACAAUUAAUAUAACGGUAUAUUAUGGCAAAUUUAAACAAUAACAUAUGUUAUACUACAUAUUGUAGUAAGUACUUUCAGUAUCUCCAAAGCCAUUGCUGCUACACGGUUGGAACGGUCCAGACAUGAUUGACGGCUUCAAUUUCAAAGCCCUGAAGUCGUUGCAAUAA